GAGGUGCGCGCGUGCUGCCUGGUGGAGAGCCGCAGCUGGUCGACCAGCAGCACCACCGCCCUUAAAGAGGAACCAUCCAGGAAAUGCAGCCAGUUCCCUGCAGAGUCUGCUCCUGCUAGCUGCAGCCUCCCCUCGGAUGCGCACCAUCAACCGCUCCGCCUAGACUCCGUUUGACCCGUUUGGUGCUGACCCGGUUCGGUCCGUUUUAAGGCUGCUUUCCCCCUGACUCCUGAACCAUGGCGACUCAGAUCGACAAAGAAGCCUGCAGAGAAGCUUAUAACCAAGUCAGAGACGACAACUCAGACGUCUGCUGGGCUGCGUUCCAGUACGAGGGCUCCAGGAUCGUCCCCGCACAACAGGGCGCCGACUACGACGACUUCAAGGCGCUGUGCACAGAUGACGCUCGUCUGUUCGCUUACGUCCGAUUCACGACGGGCGACAGCAUGAGCAAGAGGUCCAAGUUCAUCCUGAUCACCUGGAUCGGCGAGAACAUCAGCGGGCUGCAGCGGGCCAAGAUCAGCACCGACAAGACGCUCGUCAAAGAUGUGAUGCAGAACUUUGCCAAGGAGUUCAUGAUCAGCGACCAGAAGGAACUGGACCAAGAAUACCUCUGCGGGGAGCUAAAGAAAGCCGGUGGAGCCAACUAUGAUGCUCAGGCCGAGUAGAGAAGUUCCACGGUCCAAUGGAGACGCCUGGGUCGGGGGAGCUAGGCGCCGUUGGACUGGGUGGUCUGAGGGGGGGGGGGGGUGUUGGGGCGGGGCUACUACCUCUGAGGAAGGGAGCGAGGAGGAAUGAGAGCACAGAUGACCACUAAAUACUUAGAUUUUUAACGGGCCAGUUAAUGACAUCUCAUGACGUCCUACAAAAUGUUUGCCUGCUUCCUUCUGUCAGACGGGUGCUUAUGUCCUCAGUUCUAAGGUGUUUGUUAAAGGAACUUCCUGUCAUCUCAUCCAGGAAAGCAGCAGCCAACUGCUUUCUGCUUCACUAAACAGGAAACCCUGAACCCAAAUAUUCAAACGUCCUUUUAUGUUUUCACCAGUGAAAGCUGUGACAUUCCUGACCAGAAUCAACCAGCGCCGCAUUCUGUUGGAGGAUUAAUGAAGCACUUCAUUAACAUCUUCAUUCUGGAACAACCGCUAAAUCAAGAGUUUUUACCGCAGAAACUAGGAUUAGGAUUGCGUACCUUUCUUUAGCCGCUUAAAACUAGUUUAGCUUAUUUUAGCACAAACACUGGAAAUUAGGGAACCAGCCGGAGCUUCAGUCUACUUCAUUUUGCUCCAAAAUGUUCUGUUAAAAACGUUCAUAGCACUUCCUCCACUUUUUGGUUUGUGUCAUACAGAAAUGGAGAUUUUUGUCCAGCUAACACUGUUAGCUAAACAAGCUAGCAGGAACCACAGUAAAUUUUGAGGAAGAGUCAAAGCGGCGGUUCCCAUGAUUUGUGUUUAGAGUUCUGUAAAGGGCUUUUGAGAGGUUAUCAUGGUAAUCACAGGAGAUUCAUGUUUGAAUGUCUUUAGAUUGAGAAAAAUAUCUUUUUCCUGAAAGCCACUGAAUAACGAUGGCAAACAUGGCGGCUGUCCAUGUUUCUGAAACUGUGAUUGCAUUGAAAUCUAGCUCUAGCCUCUGGGGGAAACAAAUCCAUUUAGGAGGAUAUUUAUUGCUCAUAACCGCUCCGCAGAACCCCAUUUUAAGCCGUAUCUGAAAUGUUUCUUCUACAUUUUGAUGUCAGUCAGAUAUAGAAAGUCUCCUGCUUCCCAAACAGUUAACAGCCGGUUUUAUAAGCACCCUUAAAGACGCGCCUCUCUCCCUCCGUCCUCCCAGCUGGGCCAUAGUCCAGCCGUUUGUAAAGAUUAACCCGUCAGCGCUCGUGUUGUUGGAGGGUUUCUGUGUAGAAGCUGCUGCUGGUGCAGCCAGAACCCGGUAGAUGUAGGCCAGCCUGCUGUCAGCCAGGAACAGAUCUCCAUCCUCAGGGCUGCGCCGCAGCUUGUUUACAGCAACCCUGAGUCAUUCGGCCUCCAGACGGCUGUUUGGGCUGCAGCUUCAAACCAGCUGCUAGUCAUCAGCUUUCCUGUUACUUCACUCUUCGUCCUUAAAGACGCACGAUGAGGAUGAGGAGGCGCUGCCAUGCUGGCCAGCAGCUCAGUCUGAGGCUGCAGCAGAACCUCAGGAUGGAGAUCUUUUCUUCUGGUGCAACACCUCCCGUCGUACAAACAUACUGUGACCUGAGUUUGGCUGCCUUAGUCCCCCAUGGAGAGAGGGGCAUCAUGGGAGCUUGUGGACACUACACUGUGAUUGGCUGUCCUCCUCCUCCUCCUCCAGAAACAGGAUGUGGGUGCAGACCCAGCGUUCAGAUCUAAGGAGGAGCCACUUCUUAGUUGUAGUAUCUCCUUUUAUUUAGUUUCAGCCCUCCCUCCCCCCAAAAUAAAGAAAAGGCAUCAUUUUUCUGUCUUUUUAUUUUCUCUGAAGAGUUUUACUGUUCAUUUCAUUUUUCUAUAUUUGACGUAGGUGGAAACAUUUUUCAAAAAUCACGCAAAAACUAAGAAAGCAGACAGGAGACAUUUCCAAAUGAAACUUGUUUUGUUUUUCUAAAUCCUGCUUGUUAAGGCGUCUUUUGUGUCUGAAAGUGAAACGUUCCAAAAACUAGAAUAAAGACAUCUCAUGUUUUAAACUA